AUGGAGCUGGAAGCGCUGCGCUCUAUCUACGAGGGAGACCUGUGCUUCAGGGAGCUCAGCCCGGUUUCCUUCCAGUACAGGAUAGGUGAAAGUGGGGAUCCCAAAGCCUUUCUAAUAGAAGUUUCUUGGCCGGAAACAUAUCCACAAACAGCACCAGUCAUAUCUAUGGAUGCUUUCUUCAACAACACGAUAUCUUCAGCCAUUAAGCAAAGUAUAUUGGAUAAAUUAAUGGUAGAAGUCGAAGCGAAUCUUGGAACUGCUAUGACAUACACACUUUUUGAAUAUGCCAAAGACAAUAAAGAGGUGUUCAUGGAAAAUCAGCCUGUUAACACUGUGACUUCAGUAAGCAAUAGCGUUGCAAUUAGGACUCCAGAUGUGCCAGCAAGUAAGAAAAAAGAGAAGAAGGAGCAGUUAUCCAAAACCCAGAAGCGAAAACUUGCCGAUAAAACAGAUAACAAGGGGGAACUUCCACGAGGAUGGAACUGGGUGGACGUAAUAAAGCACUUAAGCAAAACUGGUUCUAAAGAUGAUGAAUAAAGGACUUUGGUACAAGGAAACUCCACCUUUUAAUACAGUGCAAUUUUGGGUCACCAUCUCUCUCUUAAUGACUUUCUUAUUUGUUGAAGUAAACAUUUUAUAAAGCUCAAUUUCCUAACUCGUAAAUCUAGUCACACAAGUUUAUCUAGAGACUAUAUGGUCUUCUUUGGAAAGAACCCAACAAACCUGCCUUAAAUGAAGGUUAGAAUGUGACAAAGGAUAUAGAGAGCCAGUGUGGUGAAGUGAAUAGUGCUGCAGUGUUUAGUAAUUUAUAUUUUACUCUGUAGUAAAAUCCUGUUAUAGUGAACCCAAUGAUACUGUAAACAUUUCCUGAUGUUCUUACUCCAAUUGAAAAAAAAAGCACUAUAACAGUGAUUGGUCACUUGACAGCUUAAUUCAUCAAAAUAAAUUAUUCCAUGGAAAUAAGACCUUUGUCAUUUGUUUAUCUAAUAUGAACACAGAAGGAGAACAUAAAAAUUGUUGCAUUGCAAUACAGACUAGAGCUUAUGGUCCCAGUUCCACUAGUUACUGGCUGAAAUAGUAAAUACUAGCAAAAGCAAGGCCAAAUACUCCAGUCUGCUCAAAACUGAGUGGUUAUAGCAGGAGUAUGUCUUCCUUAUCCUCUGCAAUAUCCCAUCUCUUGGUCUUUCUCCAGUGUGCUUCUU